AAUGAUAUCGCAAAUGAAUUAUGUUAAAAUGCUUUUCUAUUUUUCAUUGUCCCCGUCCAAAGAAAGAAUAUAAAAGUAAUUUGAAGAAUCCAACCUAUCUUCUAAUUCCCUCUAUAUAAGUCCCAAGAAAUCUCCUUUUAAAAGAGACCCUUUAUCUCCUUUCUGACAAAGAAACCAGAGAAAUGGACAAUAAGCUUCAUUUUUUUCAUUAUUUCCAUUUCUUCUUGCUUCUAUCUUUUUCUUGCUUGUCACUUGUUGCUUUUUCUUGGAUACCAUACAAUGAAAAUAAGAACUAUGAAGGCUCUUCUGACCUUGUUAAUCUUGAAUACCAUAUGGGACCUGUUCUUUCUUCUCCUAUUAAACUUUAUGUAAUAUGGUAUGGCCAUUGGAACCCUUCUCAUCAAGCCACCAUUAGAGACUUUCUCAACUCCUUUUCUUCUUCUUCUUAUGCACCUCACCCUUCUGUUGCUGAUUGGUGGCGAACCGUUCGGCUUUAUACAGACCAAACUGGCCAAAACAUCUCAACCAUUUCACUUUCUGGUGAAUUCUUUGACUUCAAGUACUCACAAGGAAAGUACCUUAGCAGAUUAUCCAUGCAAUAUGUGAUCAAGAAUGCAGUCAGACCAUACUCAAAAUCUAUACCUUUGAAUUAUAAUAAUGGAGUUUACUUAGUGCUAACAUCUUAUGAUGUCCAGGUUCAAGAUUUUUGUAGGGCUGUUUGUGGUUUUCACUACUUCACAUUCCCAUCAAUUCUUGGAGUGACAGUGCCUUAUGCUUGGGUUGGUUAUAGUGGGAAACAGUGCCCUGGUUUCUGUGCUUAUCCUUUUGCUUGGCCUAAGAAUUCAGGGAAACCACCACCAAGCACAACUAAUGGAGGAAACAGCUUAAUGGGGGCACCGAAUGGCGAUCCGGGGGUCGAUGGGAUGAUUAGUGUGAUAGCUCAUGAGCUAGCUGAGGUCUCAAGUAACCCCCUUGUGAAUGCUUGGUAUGCUGGGGAUAAUCCUAUUUCACCUUCUGAGAUUGCUGAUAUGUGCUUAGGUGUUUAUGGGACUGGUGCUGGUGGUGGAUAUGUUGGACAAGUUUAUAAGGAUUCUUGGGGGAAUGGUUUCAAUUUACAUGGAGUGAAAGGUAGAAAGUUUCUUAUUCAGUGGGUUUGGAAUCCUCUUAGGAGGAGAUGUUUUGGUCCUAAUGCCAUGGACUAGGCCAAUCACGAUUGACUAGCUAGAAGGAUGUUGUUCUUGUACAUAGUUGUUUUCAAGUUAAAUUAUGGCCGUUUAAGUAUAUGUGCUUUAUGUAAUUUUCUUUUUCUCUAGCGUAUGUUUCGGAAAAUUACGGUGUUAUUGUUAAAGCUAAAACAAGGUACAAUGGAAGAGAAAAAGGCAGUGGAAGGAAGCAUCUGCAAAAGAUGUGGGCUAUGAAUUAGGUAGGAAAGAAUAAUUUGAUGUCCCUUAAAGUGAGUUUCAGCUGCUGGUUGCUUUUAGGCAUUCAAGGCUGCAGUGUAUAACAUCAGUGACAAGAAAAGGAUCAAUAGUAUACAACGCUAGCAAGGUUUGACAGGAAAUAGGGAAAUUCCAUUAUAACUUGAAGAUGACAUGAUGGAAGGUGAUAUUGAAAAUAGCUUUUGGAAAA